AUGGCUCAAGAUGAUGCCCCCCCAUUUGAAGACAAUUCAAGUCAACGGACGGAUUACAUCUCGACAGAAUACCUUGGGAUAUUCUGUUGGUUGGCUGUUAUUGUUGCUGCCAUUGGGUACUAUUUAUGGACCAAUAAAUUAAAACCUGCAAUCAGCAAUCGUCAAAAGAUUCAAUAUCACCAGAAUAAGGCAGCCAAUGCAAAAAAAAAUGACUCAUCUGAAGCAUUGGCCAGAAAUGAAAAAAUGCUUGCUGCCCGAGCAAAGUUGCAGGAAGACUAUAAUCUUAAUGUGCAAUCAUACAUUGAAAAAAGGAAACAGCAAGAUGAAAUCAAACGCCAAAAUGAUAUUUUAAAACUUGAAAGUAAAUUACUCGGUAAUGGUCGAAGAUUACAUGACCCUGAUUCAAAGGAUAAACCUGAUAAUUCUAAAGCUCAAAACAAACGUAAUGCUAAUAAAACAUCUUGGAGAGAUAAUUAUAAUCCUUUAACUGGAGGUGGAGCAAUGUCUUCAUACCGGCCCAGUCGCCGUUCAGGU